AUGGCAUCAGCAUCAGGACCGACCGAGGCCCAAAUCGCCCACCAGCAGCUCAUAGAGCAACUCGACAUCCACUCGAUCCACAAGAACUUUCGCAACCCGAGCUGGCGUCCGAACCAGCGACGCAACAAGAACCUCAAGGCCGUGGUAGGCGAGGCUUCACGUCGCGAGGCCUCGGUCAUGGCCACUCCCACCGGGAACGCGACACCACCGAGCCGACGCCAGACGGCGAACAGCAGGGGGGCGGACAAGGGCAAGGACGACGACGGCCUAUCCACCAGCGGCGCCUCGACGCCCGCCAACGGCAGCAGCAACGGCAACAGCAACGAGGCACCCAACCUCGCACAAGCAUCCAGCAGCCUAUCCAAGCUCGUUCUGGAGAAGAGCCUGAACAACAACAACAACAACAACAACAACAACAACAAGUCAGCAGGAGGAGCCGCCACCGCCGCCCCGGUAGCCACGUACACCAACAUCGAGUCGGCUCCGUCGCUGGCCCAUCCCAGACACUACUGCGACGUGACGGGCUUGCCGGCCCCGUACCUCGAUCCCAAGACACGCCUGAGAUAUCACAACAAGGAGAUCUUUGGGCUCAUCCGUUCGGUACCGCAAUCCACGGCAGAGCUGUACCUCGAAGCUCGUGGUGCGCAUACGGUGCUAAAGUGA